CUUCGCUAGAUUUAACAAAAUUUUUGAGAAAAUAAAAAAAUAAAGAAAUAUUUCGUAUCUUGAAGGAAACGUCUUUUCUAUGAUAUAAAAUGGCAUCCACAUUUACCGUUAUAACUCGACAGAUUUCAACAUCAUCAACAUGUUACGGUAAAAGAAAUUUUCGUACGAUUCAAUUAUACAAUAAAAGAGGUUCUCGUGCGUUUAAGAAAGAACGAGCUACAGAUCCAAAUUGCGAUAUACCUAUUGACAGAAGAGGUGUAAAACCAACAGGACACUAUGUAAAUAACAAAUGGGUUAACAUACCAGAAAUGAUACCAGAACUCGUUGUUCCUUCACUGAAAGAUUUUCAUUUAAAGCCAUAUGUUUCAUAUAGAGCUACAGGCAUUACCAAACGUGAAUAUACUGCUAAAGAUUUAUUUAAUUUAGUUUAUGCUAAUAAAAUUAGACAAGAUUUCAAGAAGGGUCAAUUAGAUGAAAAUGGUGAAUCAUUAAAUCCUAGUGAAUAUGAAAAAAUGACAGCUGAGGAAGCUAGAAUUAAGGCCGAAAUGACUGGUUCAGAUAAAUUCCAAGUAAAAAGAGGAGACGUUCCUAAAAAGCCAUAUAAAACAAAGGUAGAAUAAAAAUGGGGUUUACUAAAUGUACUGUAAUUGAAUAAAUUUACUUUCAAAUAAAGUGUAGAUUUAAUUUUAUAGUUUGCAUGAUGUUUUAUUCAAUAUGCUCAU